CGGCGCUUCCGCAGCGGGCCCGGCGCGAUGUGGCGGGCGGGGGCGGCGGGCGCCGUGCGCGCCGCGGGACGGGCGGCGGCGGCCGGGGCGCGGCGGCGCGGCGGCAUCGGAGGCGCCCCGGGGGCGGGCACAGCCGCCGCGGGCAGCGGCCGCACGCAAUUACAAUAUUCUUCAGAUGUGAAGAGCAGGACUGCUUGGCUCAUGAAUUUGAGAAAUGCAGGAACUCUGAGUGAUGCAAGCUCUUUAGAUGAGACAACCUAUGAGAAGCUGGCUGAAGAAACACUGGACUCCUUGGCAGAUUUCUUUGAGGACUUGGCAGAUAAACCUUUUACCCCAGAAGAUUAUGAUGUCUCUCUAGGGAGUGGAGUACUAACAGUUAAAUUGGGUGGAGACAUGGGAACAUACGUAAUCAAUAAGCAAACACCAAACCGGCAGAUUUGGCUGUCCUCACCCACUAGCGGGCCCAAGCGCUAUGACUGGACUGGACGGAAUUGGGUGUAUUCUCAUGACAGAGUAUCUCUUCAUGAACUACUAUCAAAAGAGUUUUCAACAGCUUUAAAAACUAAAUUGGAUUUGUCCUGCUUAAUAUAUUCUGGAAAAGAAGAUAGUUGAUUGUAUUCUACCUCAUGGAAGUUUAAAGACUUUAACUUCAAGCCAAGCUCUUUCUUAGGCUGAAGUACCUGAGCUUAAUUCUGUUGUUUUUCUUGGCAUCAAUAUAUUGUGCAACAAACAUGAAAAUAAUAUAUUUUUUCUCCAGUGCUCAGUCUUUGGAUUUCUGUGUGCUCUUUGAAUCUGUGCAGUACACAUGGUUGAGGUCACCCACAUCUGUCACUUCAUUUCUUGCUUUCUUCCUGCAGAAGUCAUGAAUUUUUGGUUUCUAUAGACUUGUUUGCAUGUAAGGACUGACCACCUGGUGACUUCUGACCAGCACACAAACACUGAGCUGUUCUUGGUGAACAAGUUACAUUGACAUAAAUUAUGGUACUGUGAAUGUAUUGCCUCAAAAUUUAUGGCUAUUGUAAUACAUCAUAGUCACAUUUAAUAUGUCAUAGUGCAUGUAAUGACAGAGUUUUUUUCUUAGUAUUGCAGAACUUGCUAUUCUCCAAAUUCUAAAUUGUAGUGUGUUUCACCUCAGAAUUUUUUUUAGCUAAACUUUAAAUUACUUAGACAUUUUUGUGGCUCUGAGCAUGAUACAGAACUGGAAAAGCUAGUACGUGUAGUUUAAGCUGUACAGCAAUAUCUUGCAAACAUUUGACUCUGUUAUUGUGCAUUUCUCUUUCUCUACCUUUUUAUUCUUCAAAUAUUAAAAACACUUUUUUUGAGCUGAGCAAAAUUAAGUUCAUGAACAUUUGCACUGAUUUUAUUCUACUGCAUUUCUUCAGUGGUUUUAUAUUGUCUUAUCACCAUGAUACAGCAAGUCUCCCCCCAUGCGCUGAUGGAGAAGUUUCUUAGAAUCAAGUAUUAUUCUUAGCCUGAUGAAGCUGUUUUCAUUAAGCUAUUAAAUAUGUGAAGGAAAUAAACUAUAUACUCCAGAUCUUACAACAGAAACAUUUAAAAGAAAUCACGAACAGCAAUACUUCAGCAGUUGCACUGUUGUAAUAUUACAGCUUGCAGGUUUUAGCUGCCUUCCUAUGGAAGGACCAAAUUGUUGACUAAUGCAUGAGGGAAAAAUUAUACCAUAGUCUUGCGGAUUGUAUGAAAAGAUGUUCAGUACACAAUAUUUUUCUUUUUGGUUUCUCUGAUGCUGUGGUUAGUUUGACAUGAUUCUCUAGCUAGCUUGACAGAUAAGGAUUGAUUUUGUCAUUGAAAAACAAUAACUGUAAAGUGUUCUUGCCCAGUAUUUGCAUUUAAAUUGUAAGCAUUGUUACCUGCUAUUUCUCACUACUAAACAGAGAAAUGUUUCAAUGGAA